CAAUUUUAUUGAAAUAUUCAGAAGCAAAAACGAAUUCUUCUGAUGUUUCGAACGUUGUAAAACAUUAUAAAGGUGUAAAAUCGAUAGAAGAAUUCGAAAACAACUUAAAAAAUUUAACAAAACGAAUUUUGAAGACCUUUAUGCCACAGAUCAUCAAUUACGGUUACAAUUUGAAUCUCAGUUUGCCUUGUUUAGGAGCUUUCAUGACAUGGGCUGGUGGUUUGCAGACACUCAAAGAAUGGGCGUUUUUAAUGAUCGAUGCUAAUGGUAUUAACAGUGGAUUUCUGGAUGGCACCCUGUGGAUGGUAGGUGCUUACGAUCAAUGUUUAGAGAUCUCUGUGCCUAAGAACGAACGAUUACCCAUCUCAAAUGAGAAUUUAAAGUUUCGUGGUCAAAUGUGUACCGUUAAAAUUCGACCAGCAGAAGGAGUAUUAAAAGCAAUCGAAGCAUUCCAGAAAGGAAAUGAAAGUGGCAUUUCGUUGAAAGAUCGUAAAACGGUAACACGUUAUUAUAGUUUAUUACGCCAGGGCUUGGAGAAAGGUUAUCAAAGAUUGGACAUAUGUUUACCAGAUAAGUGCACUUUGAGUGACAUGAAUAAAAUGACAGAAGCAGCUGCAAAGAUAAUUGGAAACGAAAUUUCUACAUCUCGCUGCGAAACGUCUCAAACUCCAAACACAAUCGACACUCUUCAAAUAAUAAUUCUUUGUUUAUUUGGCAUUAACAUCUUUUUUGUUUUAUUUGGUACACUUUACGAUGUGUUAACUCGAGCGUUGAAGAUCGGUUUAUUUGAUAAUUGCUAUAUUUUUGGUGUCCUUCGUGAUUUUUCUUUGUAUUUUAAUGCCGAAAAGUUUUCAAAAUUGGAAAGGCACCCUAAAGAAGUGAAGUGUAUCAAUGGAAUGAUUGUCAUUACAUCGAUAUGGAUCGUUUUCUUGCAUACUUAUACAUUUCCAGGAAUGGUCGAAUGCAUUUCUUUCAGAAGCUUGAAAAANUUCUGCCUGUUUCAUACUUGGUUUAUCGCAACUCUUCUUCAAAUAUCUGUACUUACGUUUAUUCUAUUAAUUAUUCUUUAUAGAUGCCCGAAAUUAGGAAUAACCUUAACUGUUACGGUAAUUAUAAGUGGUUGCGUUGUCGUGGCAGCAGUAACAUCAAUUUACCGUCUUCCUUCGCAUUUUUCUCUAUUAGGACAAGAUAUUCCUACGUGGGAACUUUAUUUUAACCUUAUUUAUUCACGUCCCUACACGUAUAUCAGCUCUUAUUGUAUAGGGAUGUUACUCGGAUACGCUGUAGUUAAUCAUAGCGGCAAGGACAUUAGACCGGUUACAAAAUUAAUCAUUUGGGUAAUUUCGACUGCUAGCGCAUUGUUCGUUCUUUACGGUGUUUAUUUAUUGAAACUGGAUAGAAGCACAUCGUUGAAUGUAAUGUAUGCAGCAUUACAUAGACCCAUUUGGUCCACUGCGGUAUUUUGGAUAUUGUAUUCUUGCGUAAUCGGAUGCGGUGGAAUCAUUUCUAAAUUUCUAUCGUGGAAAGGAUUCAUACCCUUGGAUAGAAUGGUGUUUUUAAUAUAUUUGAUUCAUCCGUUGGUUUUGUAUUAUUCUACAGCUCGAAGUAGAGCCGUAAUAUAUAUGGGUCACGUAGAACAAGUUUAUAUAUAUCUGGCAACUUUGGUAAUUACCUUGUGUUUGUCCUACUUGUUUAAUGUCACUUUCGAGCAACCAUUUAAAAAAAUCGAAAUGAUUAUUAAGAAAAAUUUAACUCGGACUCGAAACAAUCUUCCAGACGCCAUUCCUUCAUCUCAUCCUCCUCUUUCGUCUCCUUCAUUUCACUUAAAAAAUCCUGAAAUAAUAAUAACUCCCGCUACACCCGUUCCUGUAGACAAUCAUUCUUCUCAAUUGUGAGAUGAAAUUUCAAUUGUUUCGUUGUAAAUUAUAAUUAAAAAUGAAAGU